AGGAAGUCCAUUCCUGUCGGUGACAACACUGUGGCCCUGUUCUGGAAUGACCGAGGUGUAAAGGAGCCAGUAGCUUUGGUCGAGGGAAGAAGAAGAAACUCCAUGAGCAGCAGCCUCUACAAAUGGGUCUUCCUCCUGGGGGCCCCGGGACCCUGUGCAGACCGGGGACGGCGAAAACCACUGCCCUAGAAGGUAAGUGAAGCUGCUGAGGCAUCUAGGAUGCAGCUUAAGCUUCAGCUGCCCCGUUGUCCCCCAACCUCGCCACCGGCCAGAGGCUAGGCAGCGGAGGGCCUUGGGGUGAACUCGGCUGCCAGCUCAGCAUUACGCGGCUUCUCCGACAGGGGGCGGGAAAGGGCAGGCCGCGGUGCGCCCAGGGCCAGAGACCUCCAUUUCAGGUGUGAAACCUGGGCCUCGGAUCAAGUGACAGCCAUACAUUUCAAAUCUGAUUUAGGGGUACCAGAUGAACCCUCGUGUCUGGCAGUCUGCUUCCAUUUCCUCCCAGAAUGUGUCGCUUCCUCCCGCGCUCCGCGACUUUGGAAGGCGUUUGCAUUUACAUCCCCGGUGAUUACUGGAGUCACUAAUACAGCCUAACCCAGAGUUUAAUUGGAAACGUUAAACAGUGCGAUGGAUCCGUGUCUGAUUUGCACAGUCGGUCAAUUAUCUGCAGGUUGGGGCAAUCUGCGCUGCACCCAGGGGGAUGCGAGGAGGGGCAAGAUGGCGUGGCCACAGCUGGGUCUGCGGGUGCGAAGCAAAAUGAGGGGAAGCGGAGCUUGAAGACUGGAAAGAGAUGAACAGUCUCCUGGUGGGGAAUGGAAAUCACGGAAAGGCCUGGGCGCCUGAUCACUGAGAUGCAAUAGGACGGUGUUGGAGCCCACACAGUGGAGAUGGAGGCCAGGGUUUUGCCCUGAGGUGGGAGGGUCCUGGAUUUGGAGAAGGAAGAUUUUUUAGGGACUAGAGGACCAGGAGCUGGGGUGGAACCAACCUUGGGAGUCCAGAAGCCAGUGUUCUGGUCUGAGUGUUUCUGCCCCUCUCUGGGCCUCAAUUUCCUUGUCUUUCAAAUGAUGGGUUUGGACUAGGUGGUUUCUAAGAUGGUGGUGAUAUUUUAGGAAGUGGGUCCAUUUGUUCUUGGUAAUGAAAAACAGAUUCAGUAAAGGAGACCCCCCCCAAUUUACCCCUUUUAAAUCAUACUUUUUGGCGUGCCUCUAAUUUGGAGGAAAACUGUACAAAACAAACCCACAACCACUACACACAUUUCAUCUCUUUCAGCAGGGUGGCCUUACUUUUAUUUCAUGGGAAUGGGAACAGGGAGGAAAAGAGAUGCGCAAGUGGAGAAUCUGCCCCUGUAACCAAGCCCCUGAGAAGCACCGUGGGGCUCUUACACAGAUCUUACACCCUGGAGGGGGGCGGACAUGCGUUAGUGGCCCUGACUCCCUAACUCAGCCUCAAAACAGAAGGGCUUGGGGUGAGGGUGAAGGAAAGGCCCGGCUUAGGGUCUGUAUCCUUUUCCUUCUGUCUUCCUCAACCCCCUCCCUCUCUGAGCCAGGGGGAAGUUUUGGAAUUCUGUACUUUCUAGAGACACUACCCCUAACAAUCAGCACAAUCGCGCCCUCUAGUGACCUCAACGGGGACACCUUUGGCAGAGCUCCAGAUACAUCCCGUGGCCCAGCUCCAAGGUCAGAGCUUAACCCCCUGUGCAGCUGCUCCUUCCUGUGGAGAAGGGCUCCAGUCCUUCCAACUUUGAAACUCAGGUUUCCCCCAAGAAAGAGCAGCUGAGUCCUUGCAUCUUGUGGCAGCUGGUGUGCCCAGCACUGAGCCCGUCGGAGCUGAAGGCAGCCCGGCCCCUUCUCAUGGGCAGCACCCACCUGUGCUGAGGUCCUGCAGCGGUGGCUGUGUGAGGAGCUGUGCAAUCGGUUGUAACUGAAAAUGUCUGACGGUCUGGAUAAUGAAGAGAAACCCCCAGCUCCCCCACUGAGGAUGAAUAGUAACAACCGGGAUUCUUCGGCACUCAACCACAGCUCCAAACCACUUCCCAUGGCCCCUGAAGAGAAGAAUAAGAAAGCCAGGCUUCGCUCUAUCUUCCCAGGAGGAGGGGAUAAAACCAAUAAGAAGAAAGAGAAAGAACGCCCAGAGAUCUCUCUUCCUUCAGACUUUGAACAUACGAUUCAUGUGGGGUUUGAUGCAGUCACCGGGGAAUUCACUCCAGAUCUCUAUGGCUCACAGAUGUGCCCAGGGAAGCUCCCAGAGGGAAUUCCUGAGCAAUGGGCACGAUUACUCCAAACCUCCAACAUAACAAAGCUGGAACAGAAGAAGAACCCCCAAGCCGUUCUAGACGUUCUCAAAUUCUAUGAUUCCAAAGAAACAGUCAACAACCAGAAGUACAUGAGCUUUACGUCCGGAGAUAAAAGCGCACAUGGAUAUAUAGCAGCCCAUCCUUCGAGUACAAAAACAGCAUCAGAGCCUCCUUUGGCUCCCCCUGUGUCUGAAGAAGAAGAUGAAGAAGAGGAAGAAGAAGAAGACGACAAUGAGCCGCCACCAGUCAUUGCACCAAGACCAGAGCAUACAAAAUCAAUCUACACUCGUUCCGUGGUUGAAUCCAUUGCUUCACCAGCAGCACCAAAUAAAGAGGUCACACCACCUUCUGCUGAGAACGCCAAUUCCAGUACUUUGUAUAGAAACACAGAUCGGCAAAGGAAAAAAUCCAAGAUGACAGAUGAGGAGAUCCUAGAGAAGCUAAGAAGCAUUGUGAGUGUUGGUGACCCAAAGAAAAAAUACACAAGAUUUGAAAAAAUAGGUCAAGGGGCAUCAGGUACUGUUUAUACAGCGCUAGACAUCGCCACAGGACAAGAGGUGGCCAUAAAGCAGAUGAACCUUCAACAGCAACCCAAAAAGGAAUUAAUUAUUAAUGAAAUUCUGGUCAUGAGGGAAAAUAAGAACCCCAAUAUUGUUAAUUAUUUAGAUAGCUACUUAGUGGGUGAUGAACUAUGGGUAGUCAUGGAAUACUUGGCUGGUGGCUCUUUGACUGACGUGGUCACAGAGACCUGUAUGGAUGAAGGACAGAUAGCAGCCGUCUGCAGAGAGUGCCUCCAAGCUUUGGAUUUCUUGCACUCAAACCAAGUGAUCCACAGAGACAUAAAGAGUGACAAUAUUCUCCUUGGGAUGGAUGGCUCUGUUAAAUUGACUGAUUUUGGGUUCUGUGCCCAGAUCACCCCUGAGCAGAGUAAACGAAGCACUAUGGUGGGAACUCCCUAUUGGAUGGCACCUGAGGUGGUGACUCGAAAAGCUUAUGGUCCAAAAGUUGAUAUCUGGUCUCUGGGGAUUAUGGCGAUUGAAAUGGUAGAAGGUGAACCCCCUUACCUUAAUGAAAAUCCACUCAGGGCAUUAUAUCUGAUAGCCACUAAUGGAACCCCAGAGCUCCAGAAUCCUGAGAGACUGUCUGCUGUAUUCCGUGACUUUUUAAAUCGCUGUCUUGAGAUGGAUGUGGAUAGGCGAGGAUCUGCCAAGGAGCUCUUACAGCAUCCAUUUUUAAAAUUAGCCAAGCCUCUCUCCAGCCUGACUCCUCUGAUUAUCGCUGCAAAGGAAGCGAUUAAGAACAGCAGCCGCUAGGACUGCAAGCCUUACCCCACACCAUCUCCUUCAUGAGUAAGACUGAAAUAAAACUCCACUGCAGGAAAGAUGGAAGAAAAGACAGUUGAAUGGGGGUGGGGAUUCUUUAACUUUCAAAUGAAUAGAAACUUCUUAUAAGCCUUUUUCCUACUCCCUCAGAUUAUGUAAUUUAUUUGUAAGCCUGAAUCGCAGCCCAAACAGGGCAGCAAUGUCGAAGUGGCCAUCAAGUGGUCACUUCUACCGUGAAGCGAAAGAGCCAGUAGUGAAUCCCCUCAUUUUGUGCAUUCACUUUGAAGAAAAAAGAUUUCUCAAAGAUGCACACUCCCUCUUCAUAGUGUUGUGUUUGUUUUUAAGUUAGAGAGUAGUCCCUCUUGCAUUCGAACCUCCUUCAAAACUCCUUACCCAAUGUGAUGUUUUUCACUUGCAUUGUCAUUAGAUGUCCAGAAAAAAAAAAAAGAUGUCAAAACGUUUUUUUUAAAAAAAAGAAAGUAAAAAACAAAAACAAACAAAAAAAAACAAAAACAAAAAAAAACAAAAAAAAAUAACCCAGAGCAAGUACUGUGUGAACAUGUGGAAGUCCAUGCCCUAAUAGAGUUGAAAUUUUUUUAUUCUCCUUCUAUAGUGGUGGCUCGGUUUGUGUACCUGUUUUUCUGCAUUUGUAUUGGAAAAGGUUUCUUUUAUGACAUUUUCCAAAAGCAGAGAGGAAUAUGUGUGUUCAGGAAGGGCUUUUAAAAACUCUAUGUCUAAAAGUUCAAAUGGUAAAAUCUUAUCACAUUUUCAUGAUGAUGUUUAAGAGGUAGUUGAUUUAUCAUUUGUAUAAACCAGCUCGUUCAUCUUCAUGAUACCUGAAAAAAGACACACCAAAACUAUGGCACUCCCGUUGGGUGAGUCCAGGUCUGAAACCUAGGAACUCCUGAUAGGAGAAACCAUACUUAAACAAAGAUGGGACUUUCUCCAAGAGCCCAAAGGGAGAUAAUAUAAGCAUGCAAUAUUGAAAUCCUUGUUGGACAGUAAACAAAGAAAACAAUACCUAAUCUAAUCCUGUCUUGUCCUUGUGGAAUGUAGGUAACUGUAAAAUAGGCACAACAGGAGGAAACAGACCCAUUAGCCAACAUUUGCUGCUGGUAAAAAUUAUUUAUCUUGACAAUUUAUAACGUUAAAUUUGUUUUUAAAGAUCUGGAGAACAGAAAUAUUGUAAGCAGUCAACUCUGUAAGAAAUGGGAGGUCAGUGAAAACUACAUCCCAGUCAACAUUAGGCUCUAAGUACUUGUUGCCAUUUUCCCUAUGUUCACCAAUUUCUGUUUCUGGAUAUGGUGUGUUCAUACUUAGCCCUUUGGGCUUUUGAAUUUUAAAAACAUGUCUGUAAAGAUCUUGAAGUUCUCCAGUGAAAAGCAUUUGGGCUUGCAAUCAUAUACCCCAAGAAAUAGCAGUCCAACUGAAUUCCUUUAGUGGCUUGGGGAAAAUAUGAAAAUUUGACUAGUAUUUCACCGUGUAUCAAUUUAUUAGAAAUUCAACAGUUGCCACUUCCUGAAUCUUCUGAGCGUAGAAAAAUAUCUGGAGGGUGUCUGCGUAGAAAAGGAUAUGCUUCUCUUUCGAGUGUAUUGUCAAUUUUAUAAAUUCUGCAUAGUUGUUUCUCUAAGCCUUUGAAAAGCUAGCAGUUUGUGCAGUAGAAGGCUUCUUGAUUUGUAGUAUGUCAAGAAUCUGAAUAGAACCUAUCUACAUCCAGCAAGAGAGGGAAAGAGAUCAAUGCCAUGGGCCUCUCUCCUUCUCUGCCUAGGCACAUCCGUCAAUAUAAUCAUCUAUCCAUUCCUUAAAAUGAAAGCACUUUCUUUAGAGAGUUUCUGCUAACCAUAUAGUGCACGUGUUUAUGUUUAGGAGAUGACACCACUGGUGGAUUUCCUAUUGUCUUCUUUGACUAUGAAAUUUGGGAGGGGCUUGACCCCCCGGCCCCGAAAAUGUCCACGGUGGGAUAAAACAACAAACAUGAAAAGAUCAAAUGGUAAUAUUAAUUUGAAGCGUACUAUGUUAUACUUCACAAAAACGUGGCUGGGCCUGAAAAUUUUAAUGCCACACUGUUUUAAUGAGAGAGAGAGAGAGAGAGAGAAGCCUUAAUUUUGAUUUCAUUUAAAAUUACGUAUUUUUUUAAUUUUUCAUUCAUAGUGCCAGGGAAUUCAGUGAAAUAAUACCUGGGAUGCAAAUAGAAUUCAGUAUAUUGAUAACUAUACCCUGCCAGGGGAGAGAGCCCCAAACCUGGUUGGGAAGCCCUAGUUAUCUGUUAGCAUCCCUUACAUGUCAUGAAGGCCUUUUUUUGGUGGGGGGAGACCUGGACCAGUGACCCUUCAGGUUACUGUAGGCGGAGAAAUGGCUGCUCUUUUAUGCUUUCAAUUCAGCAUAUCAACAACAAGAAGCCUGGUACUACUUCACCACAGCCCGUUAUACCAAGAUUUUAUGGUAAUAUAAUCCCAGUAGGCUUUACUCUUACAAACUUAUAUCUAUGUAAAUUUUAAAAUGAGAACAGCUUCUAAAGACCCUUCCCCGCGUUGGAGAGUUAUGUAUAUUUCUAAUAAGUAUUAGGAAGAAGCUGCUUCUCCUGCCAAAAUGAUGCUGAAAGACUCCAGGUGGUUGAUAGUUUAUUCCCUCUCCCUGCAUUUUUGUUUUUAGCUCAUCUUGACACAGGUGAGUCUAUCCAGAUCUUUGAAGUCGCUCGUGUGCCCUGAGAUAAUAAGGGCACAUCGUCGAAUGUCGAUUCCAAAAUGUCCUGAGAUAGGGAUAGGGCAGUGGGAAAGUCAGGGAAGGGUGAGAAGCACAGUAGAGAUUAUUUAUUUAAGAAAGAAAAGAACAUUAAUGUUGUAGCAAGGAUCCGGUACGUUGUCAUAAUCCCCUCAAAUCAGUCACCAUGUUGGGUAAUGACUUCGUUCUUGCUGAUCUCGUCUGUGUGUCAUUGUAAAUAUUUGUGUGUCUGUGUUCCAUUUUGGCUACUGGAUGGCCAAGUCAUGUAAGAAGAUUUAACUCAAGUAUUUAUUCUUUAAUUGUGUUAUUCAGAUUUCUUUCAGGCUUGUGAAUUGCACCCCAAUGUUUGAGUUUAACCACCUGAUCCCCACAUCUUUCCCUCCCCUGUGAAGCACAUUCCAUUGCAAAAAGAAAAAGAAAUAUGAAAUUGCUUCAUGUCAUCUGUAUAACUGUUUUGAUAGUUUGAGAUGUUUGUCUAUAAAGGAUAUUUCUCAGCUCAAAGAUCGUGUAAAUAAUUAUAUUCCUUUGCUCAGUGGGUUGUUUAUUUCUAAUGAGGCUGCCAGUUCUCAGAGAGAAUCGAUAAAAUCACCUUUAAAUAACAUAAACAGGGAGAACAACCAUGUAAAAAUAAGUGUGCAUAUGGGCAAAGGCUGGGAACACAGACAAUUGAAAUCAGUUGUGUUAGGGUGGCGGGAUUAUGUGGAAUUUUUUUUUCUUUUUAAAAUUUUCUUUGAUAUCGUUCUAAUGUUGCUUUAUAAUAAACAUCAGAAAGGGAACUAUAGAAACAUAGAAAAGACGCCAGAAGCAGAUGCCUUCUGGCCAGAGCCCAGAGCAUGCAGGGCACAGAUAUUUGCUAGUUACAAUUAUUCCAUAGGCUUUAUACUUGCCUGGGUGCUGAGGUUGGCACACGCUUGGGUACGGCACGUGCUUUCUUAGGGGACUAUUAUCUACAAGUUAAAGCUAGGGAGCUGUCACUAUUAGUACUCCAAACGCGUCCUUCUGCUUUCAGACUGGGUGCCCCCCUCCACUUUAGUAUGGUCUUGAGGUUUCUGUUUUGGUUACUUUAGAUUGGAGGGGUGACCUUUGAUCAGCCCCCUUGAUAACAUCUGUUUCAAGUAUCGCCUUUCUGGAUCACUUUAGCAGAUUUUCAGGUUGAAUCUUGGAAGGACAGAAGGAUAAAAUCCCCAGCUCCCACCAUUUCCUUUUCCAACAGGAUACACUAUCAUUCAGGUAGAAUUUUCUUUUAAUGAACAGUAGGCAAGUCCCAUUGAUUUCAGUAGAAGUUAUGACUUGCGCUUAAAAGCUGACUGAAAACAUUAAGACAAAUAUUUAGAACUGCCCUUGCCUGUUGGCAUUCAGUCAUACUCCUUUUAGCUUUGGCCUGAGAUGGCAGCCUCUAUGUACUUUCUGUCCGGCCUGAUUAUAGGUUGUAUGCAGUAACUACUGUCAUUUUUAAACAGAAAAGGGGAGACUAUCUACCCAAAGAGAGGAAUUUCCUUCUAACUCACCAAAGAAAUUGUAGGUGAGGACUUUUAUAAUGCGGUAGUGGCCUCAGGUGUUAGUUUCACCAAGUGCAGACCUUAUACCUAGAGAACCCACAGGCUUUUCUUUGGCCAUUCUCAACAUAUAAUCUACUUAUGAGAGUCUUAACCCUGCCCUGCCCUGCCCCAUUUAACCUCAUGGUCCUUUUCUUAGCUACUUGCAGUUAAUAUUCGGUUAAACAAAGGCAUGGCCAGUGAUGCAAGCUACUCCCAGUCUCUGAGAAAGAGAACUGAAAUUCAGCAUUUGUAAAUUAACAGUCUAACAGACCCGGGAUUUUUGAGUGAACUUAACACACAAUUCUGAACAUGUAUUUGCAUGUGGAUUGGGAAGGAAAUAAAUGGGACCUUGGAAAUAAUGGGACUAUUUUUCCUAAGAAAGCAUUUUUUCAUCAAAAAUGUGUUUCUGAUAGAAUCUUUCUGUUGGCCAGCUUUAAUUUUUUUCCACUCCUUUUCUGAUCCCACACUCCUUUAGGAACCAAAUGAAUAUAACCCGACUCCUCAUUCAUCGGGGAUGUCUGUUUAAUAUUAAUAUCUAACUGACUCUGCAAAUGCGGGAACUGAGAUAAUCACUUCCAUGUGCACACUUCUGUGUUCAAGUAGACAAUAAUAGCAAGGAGCAUUUACUGCCACAUAAUACAGUCACACUUGCAAUAUAAACUUACAGAAGCCGGUUAGUGCCCUCAGAGUCUCCUUUGGAAGCUGCCAUCAGGUGAAUGCUAUCCCAUAAUACCAGUAGAAGGCAGGUACCGUGUUCACCUGAUUUAGGACCUACGAGGAAAUCAACAGCAAUUAGAGAGAAUCAGUCAGAUGUAGUGGAAGAAGUACUAGCCUAGAAGUAAGGAUACCUGGAUUCUAAUAAAGGCUCUAUUCCUAACUUUACUAUGUGACCUUGGGCAAGUCACUUAACCAUGUUAUGGCUGUUUCCUUAUCUAUAAAAUAAGGGUAUUGGACUAGAUCUCCAAGGCUUUCCAAAAGCUACAACAUUCUGUGGUACUGUAGAUUGCCUUGCUAAUUCAUGCUGCUAAAGUGAUGGCAAAUACCACAUGCUUCAGCCUGGGUCUCUUAUGUUGCAGUUAAACAAUAGAACUAUGUAAGAUGAUGCCAAAAAAAAGAAAAAAAAAAAACCCUCGAACAAAUGAAGCGAAUAAUACUAGGGAAUGUUGAUAAAACUUGUGGCAGCCUUCCAAUUCCUUCACAGUUGUUUUGUUUUUGUUCUAAUGUUCCUUUUCUGUUGCAUAUUCCCAGUUUUCAUCUUCCAUACACUCUGUAUGUAAAGUCUGGUUUUCAUUAAGCUGUGGCCAGUAUUUGCUACUAGAACAGAAAUACACUGUCACACUUGCUAGAAUAGAACUGUACUUGGGCCUCUUCUUUCCUACGAAGUGGUGUUGGGCUUUAUAGAGUUUACUUCAUAAAUGGCACAAGAUGUCAGAACCCAUGCAUUUUAAUGGCUGGGACUACUGAGUGGGCCUAAGCAUUUGCAGGUUGCAGAGAGAAAAAGGCAAAAGUGAUUACAUGCUAUUAGCAUUAAGGAGUGUUGGCAAAUCCACUUGUUGGGAACCAAAGAUAGCAUUUCUGGUGACAACUCCCACAGGGAUUGACCAGUUGAAUGAGUAUGCUACCGGAAAGAGGAUAAACUGGUAGUGGACAGUCCCAAUGCCCUGACCACAGCAGUGCCAACCAGCCCUGAGUGUGAAAUUCAAGUUCGGUGUGUGUGCUUGUGUGUGGUGUGUUUUAUGGACCCGCAUAUACUAUAUUCAUUAGUGAUGAUAAGACCUGUCACAGAAUUCUGUAACCAUUAGUGGGUUGAGUUUUAAAUCUCAGUACAUCAGCAAGGAAGAGACAGAUCACAGGGUAGUGAUGGCUACUGGGAUUAUACUCAUAAUAUCCAGACAAAACAAGUUAAGGAGGAUCUGCAUUUUCAUUGUUUAUCAGAAUUGUUUCUCAUUUGGCUGUGCUUUUGUUAAAAUGUGUUAUCUGUAAACCCAUGUGUAGUGAACUUCUUAUGUAACUUUGGAUUAAAGGUAUUUAUGGUCUUUCUGUUUGUUUGAUUUUUAAGUAAGUUAUUUCUUUUGUAAACCUGCUGAUGGUACGGUUCCAUCCUUCUGACCUCAGCAUCCGAUCUUUUUAAGGACUUUUGUUUCCAAUAUUGUUAUUUUAAAUUGUGGUUGAAGCAAUAGAAAAUUGAAAUAUGGAUUGUGCAUGACUGUGUCUUGAGUGUAAAAAUAUUGCAGUUUGAAACUUGGACCUAAAGUAUUGCAAAUAAAAAUGACAAACAUCA